UUUGAUAUUAGGAUUUUGUUCGUUUAGAAUUUUUCGAAUUAUCGAGCUUGAUAGUAGCCUCAUGUCAUUGUCUUUAGAAUUUUUUGUCAUUGUUUUUCUUUACUUUUAUCCUUUUUUAAUAUUUUCUUUUCAAUUUCCAGUAGCGUUGAAGAACGAAUUAUUGAAAAAGCUGAAAUGAAAUUGCGUUUAGACAAUAUUGUAAUCCAGCAGGGCCGUUUAGUCGAAAGUCAAAAAGCUUUGGGGAAAGAAGAUAUGUUAUCAAUGAUUAGACAUGGAGCAAAUACAAUAUUUGCUGGAAAGGAUUCAACAAUAACCGAUGAAGAUAUUGAUGUAAUUUUGUCUAAAGCUGAAGAAAAAACAAAAGAAUUAAAUGAAAGAUUGGAAAAAUUGGGAGAAUCUUCUCUAAGAAAUUUUACUUUGGAUACUGAAGGAGGAGGUGGACAACAAGGAAAAAGUUUAUAUGAAUUUGAAGGAGAAGAUUAUAAAGCUAAACAAUCCAGACCUGUGGGGGAUUAUUGGAUUGAACCACCCAAAAGAGAUAGAAAACCAAAUAGUUAUAAAGUGGAUUUGUAUUACAAAGAGCAAUUGAAAGGACCUCAAAAAGGCGAAACAAAAGCAAAAGCACCAAUUCCUAAAAAUUUUCCAAAUAUUUUUGAUUUUCAAUUUUAUCCGAGACGUCUAUUUGAUAUUCUUGAGAAAGAAUUAAAUUACUUUAGAAAAAGCAUUGGUACGGAGGUUUUUUAA